UGAGUGCCAGUUGAUCAACGCAAGGACACACCCACACGCAAAUCAAGCACAGCACACAGACAAGUCACAUAGAUCGUGUGAGGCUUGGUCAGAAACUACAUAUAUAGCUGCAGCCUCUAGCUAGUUCGCCAUCGACCAUGGGUGGUGUUAGGCAGAAGCUCCUUGCCGGCGCCGUCGUCCUCGUCUCGGUGGCGCUAAUGGCCACGGCGGCUGAGGGCUACAUCUCGGGGAAGACGUGGACCGCCAUCAACAGGGCGAACCGCCACGGCCCGUUCGUCGGGCUCGUCGUUCCCAACACCUUCGAGAUGGUGCCCGUGCUCAACUCGCCCAGCUUCGUGGCCAGCAAGACCAUCCCUAACCUCGACGUCCAAGGACGAAGGUUCCGCUUCGGAGCCAUCGGAGGCCAAAACGUUGUCAUGGUCAUGACAGGGCUGAGCAUGCUUAACGCCGGGCUGGCCACCCAGAUGUUGCUCAGCCUGUUCCGGGUGAAGGGCAUCGUCCACUGGGGCAUCGCCGGCAACGCCAACGAGGACCUACAGAUCGGCGACGUCACCAUCCCCGAGUACUGGGCCCACCUCUCUCUCUGGAACUGGCAGCGGUACGGCGACGGGAAGGACAACGAGUUGCCGCUGGAAUCCGCCGGCGACUACACGCGGGAGUACGGCUUCCUUAACUUCUCCGACUACACCGUUGGCCAGGGCAACCCGGCAUUGUCGGCGAACGAGCUCAACAGCAUCUGGUACCAGCCGGAGGAGAUCUUCCCGGCGUCGGGCGUUCCCGAGGAGCGGCAGCACGCGUUCUGGGUCCGCGCCAGCAAGCGCUACUACGCGUUGGCGGCGAAGCUGGAGGGGAUGGAGCUGCCGGCGUGCGUGAACGGGACGACGACGUGUCUGCCCCGCGCACCGCGGGUGGUGCGGGUCAGCAGGGGGUGCAGCGGCAACGUGUUCCUGGACAACGCCCGGUACCGCCAGUUCCUGCGCACCAAGUUCGAGUGCACGCCCAUCGAGAUGGAGAGCGCUGCCGUCGCGCUCGUCGCGUACCAGCAGGGUGUCCCGUUCCUCACCAUCCGCUCGCUGUCGGAUCUAGCUGGGGGUGGAUCAGCUCUCGGGAACGAGGCCAGCACGUUCAUCAGCAUCGCCGCGCAGAACGCCGUGGACGUCAUGCUCAAAUUUGUGCCGCUGCUAAAGGAGCAAUAGGACGGUGACUAGCCAGCUGCUGCAGAUCCGUGCACAUGCACAACGGAUCAUUGUUUUACACCUCUCUUUUUUCCCCUCUGUAGUACUUCCUCUGUUUAAUCAUUCUUUAUUGUGGUUAUAGUUUAAAUUUGAACUAAAACCACUAUGAGAAUUGUGGAAACAGAGGAAGUAGAUAUAUAGUUUUGUACCACUUGCGUGCCUUGCGUGUUCAACUUGCCCUUGCUGAUUUCAGAGUUGCAAAGUUGCUAAACACACCAUUUGCAGAGAAAUAAAUCAAUAAUUGGAUGUGAUACAGGUUAGGUGAAAUUUCAUAUGUGCGCGUUUUGUUUUUUUCAUUUAUAGAUGCGUAAUACAAUAGAAUGGACUAGUAUUAAAGAUCAAGAUUCUUCCCUCUU